AUGAAACUGCUUAAAAUUUACCUGAUAAACUGCCCAAAUACGGCAGAAUCACAAAUAUAUUGUAUUAAGCAUGAAAAAACCGAAGAUCUGCAUGUUUUAAAGGAAAAAAUAUUUUUAAGAUGUCCAUCGCUCAAAGAAGUACUAUACGAGCCUCAAAUCUAUUGGUUUGAUUUGGAAUGUGACAAAAUAAUGAUUGCUUGCGAAGACGAUUUAAAAUUCUUUCUAAACGAAUCGGAAGUAACAAAACUGAUCUUUGACUAUAAAUGUUACUCUCAAGAUUCAUCUAGGAAACGUCACUUGACAGAUGACGAAAGUUCUGAAUCAUCUAGAAGAAUAAGAAGGAAAUUACAAGAAAUAGAUUUAGACUCAGAAUCGUCGAUGGACACAGACGAGCUUAAUGAAAAGGAUAUAGAAAGCCAAAUUAUACCAACCCAAAGUAUAAUCUUGACAACGGAAGAACAACCAGUUCCUUCAACUUCUCAAGCUAUUCAAAAUGAUCAAAAUGUAAAUGUAUUGAGUGUUGAAAUCAUACAGUCAGCAGAUGAAGUUGAUGGCAAGCAAAGUGAUGUAAAUAAUGAAAAAACAGAAAAAACUGCAAACGAAGAAAUAGCAGAGAUCAUUGAAGAAAGUAAUGCACAGUCAGAAGUGCCUAAGAAACGAAAGAUUUCAGACUCGAAUAAAAUUGUCAUUUCCGAUUCAUCAGACGACGAAGAAGACACAAGAAGAAAUAGACGUCACUCAGAUGGACAUUAUUCAUCAAGCUAUUCCUUUGCCUAUAGCGGAAACGGCGGUAGAUUUGAGCAAAGAUCAUCAUUUGAUGACAAUUUUAGACAAUUUAAUCACCAUCGCACAUAUAAUCAAUAUAGACCACGAUAUAGAGACGAGCAAUUUGAAAAUAUGAACAGAAUUUUCCAGAAUGCACAAGCAAUGCGUGAAAAUGUGUUAAGGAAUGCAGAUUCGCUCAGACAGAACACAAUUAGAAAUAUAAGAAAUUCAGCAACAAUUUUACCACAGAUUUUGUCAUCUUUUCAAUCACAUUUUAGGCCAUUAUUUCAGCAGCCUGGAUUUAACAGUCAACCACGUUAUCCAAGAAAUCAUCGUCAUUAA